AUGUCUCUCUUUGCUCGUUACCAACCGCCAAUUACGAACAAACCCUUGGAGCCCAUCUCUAUCCUGGCACCAUUCUCUGGGCUCAUCAUUUCCAUUGCGUUGGUGGUAUUCUUUUUAAUACGCUGGUACAUUUUGGAGGGAUUCUUGAUCAAAUGGAUUUAUGGAUCAACCUACACCGACCUGAACGAAGUCAAUCGUCGCGGCUUCGUAAACCACCAUAUUGCUGGUGCCACCAAACUUCUCAUCCUCAUUCUUGCGGUUCACCCGUUCAUCAAUGUCACUUUCCUUGAGUCAACAUUUAAUACGCCAUUUGCUCCUGGCUCCAUUGUUACCAUGGGCGAUGUGCUGAUUAUCGUGGCCCAAAGCCUCAUCGGCAUGUACAUAUUCGAACUGAUCUACCGCGCCAAACUGUCUCCCGUCGCUGUGAUGCACCACAUUGGUACAAUUCUCAUCGGACAAUCCGCCAUUGCGAUCAGCCUGAAGCUAGAUCGGGAGCCAGAUGCUGACAUUGAAUUCAUUCUGUGCACAGUCUGGGGUGCUUUCGACAUCGUGUCUGAAUUUUUCCCUCAUAUCGCAAUCAUUCUCUACCGGGUCUAUCCCAAUCGCCACCAUUUUCUCAGCAAAGUCUUCAUUUUCUCAUGCUUCUCGACGGCCACAGGUACAUUUUGCGAGACAGUCGUGGCCAUGUGGCUAUUUGGCAGUCUUUGGGAUCGCUGGCAGAUCGCCUUCAAGGUGGCCACGCCACUCCUACACAUUGCCUUUUCCGCAACUCAGAUCCACGGAAGUUUAGUGUUUUGGAGAAUGUACAAGAGACAACAGCAACUUCACAAGGAAGAAGUCGAGUGUACUGAAGCGAAAGAGGAAGAAAACAUCGGGGUUACUUUGGUACAUUCUGCCGGUACCGAUGAGACUGCUGUUCACUCUACCUCAACACUUACAGUGACCGAAGAGACGUCAAAGUGUCCGUCAUACAAUGACCGGUCAUUUUAG